CACACACACACACACACACACACAGAGAGUCGCUGAAGGUGCCCGAGGACGCAGCGGUGUCGUGAUGUGGGCUGUGCUUCUGCUGUUGCUCCUCCCCCCUGAAGGAUCUGGCUCCUCCCCCUCCAGGCCAACCCCUAAAUACUGCCGCAGGUGCUGCGAUCAUCUAGACCCGCCCCUAAGCCCUGCCUCCUCCCACUCUGCAGCAAAUCAGAUGCCGGAGAUCCGCACUGUCAUUAACAUGACCAUACUUAAAGGUGAUAAAGGAGAUCGAGGUGACCGAGGGACCCCUGGAAAAUCCGGACUGGACGGACCCCCGGGACUCAGAGGCAUUACGGGCCCCAAAGGCAGUAAAGGAGGCCCCGGGGCCCCUGGAGACCCUUGCAAAGUCCAACAGUCAUCCUUCUCGGUGGGCCGCCGUAAAGCUCUGCACAGCGCAGAUUACUACCAGACGCUGAUCUUCGACACGGUGUUCGUCAAUCUGGGGGAACACUUCAACAUGUUCAAAGGCAAGUUCUACUGCGUGGUUCCCGGCGUCUACUUCUUCAACCUGAACAUCCACACCUGGAACCUGAAGGAGACGUACCUGCACGUGAUGCAGAACGAGCGGCCGCAGGUGAUCCUGUACGCGCAGCCCAGCGAGCGCUCCAUCAUGCAGAGCCAGAGCAUCAUGCUGCCGCUGGAGACCCACGACACCGUCUGGGUGCGGCUCUACAAACGACAGCGCGACAACGCCAUCUAUAGCGACCACAGCGAUGUCUACGUCACAUUCAACGGACACCUGGUGGCUCCCAAAGGCUGAAGAGAGAGAGACCGCCACUAGCAAAUGUGUGUGUGUGUGUGUGUGUGUGUGUGUGUGUGUGUGUAGUGGUGAUGUUUUAAUUCUGUGUGAGUAUAUUCAUUUUGUGUGCGCGCUCUUUGUGUGUUUUGUUGUUUUAAUUAUGUGUGUGUGUUCAUUGUGUGUUGUGUUGUUUUCAUUUUGUUUGUGUUGACUGUGUGUUGUGUUGAUUCUGUGUGUGUGUAUGUUGUGCUGUUAUAAUUCAGUGUGUGUUCGUUACAUGUGUGUGGUGUGUUAUUUUAAGUGUGUGUAUGUUCAAUGUACAAUAUGUGUGUGUGUGUGUGUGUGAGUGUUGUGUGUGUUUUCAGUCUCUGUGUGUCUGUGUAUUCACUGUGUGUUCAUUGUGUAUAUGUUCUGAUGUGUUUGUGUGUCUGAUUGGAAAACGAGCUGUUUUCACUAUGUGUGUGUUCAUUGUGUGUUAGGUAUUUGCUUGUACAUGGGCAUGUGGU